GGCAAUAUGUACAACACAGUACGAAUUAAUAUCUUAUUUAUUAAUAGAGGAUCGCAUAUAAAAGGGCAACAAAUUCUUGAUUAAAUUAUCAAACACUUUCAGCUCAUCUUAUCAACCACACUACAAAUCCACAACAAAACCAAACUUCAACAUGCAAGCCGUCAUCCUCCUCGCUCUCGUCGCCGCUGCCUCCGCUGGUGUCUUGACUGCUGGACCAGUCGUUCACACCGCAGCCGUCCCCGUUGUCCACGCUGCCCCCGUGGUGCACGCCGUCCCAGUCGCACGUGCCGUCGUUCCAGUUGCCCACUCCUCAUCCUUCAACUACAGAGCACCAGCUGCCAAAAUCGCCGUCCCAGUCGUCCACGCCGCUCCCGUUGUCCACCAUGCCGUCCCAGUCGUUCACGCCGCACCAGUCCUGACCCGAACUGCCCACCAUGGUGUCCUCGUCCAUUAAAUUUUUCAAUUUUAAAAAAAUUUACAGCUUUUUUUUAAUUUGAACAAAAAUUGGAUUGAAAAAAUACAAAAUAAAUUAUUUUUAAUUGGCUGAAAGUA